AUGGCGACGUUCAAAUCGAUGCAGAAUUUCAAGCCCUAUGACCAUGAGGCCCAACUCAAGAAAUUCGAGACCAAGAAAAUCCCGGACGACGAAGAGGACCUGCCAUACGGCUACUGCUGCUUCUGCAAUUUGUUCGACACGAAUCUGGACAACGUGAUGAACUCGUUGCGGUUGCCGUGUGGGCAUGUUUGCUGCCCGAGGUGUCUUCACCUGAGCUAUCCACUG